AUGGCGACUUGGGAUGUUCGUAGUCCCCACGAUCUUCGCUCGUUGAGCGAGAUCAGCAAGGUGGAUGCCUUAGCCCAGGCGAUGAAAUCCCUGCGUAUGACUUGUUGUUAUGAGGAUUAUCAUGACAAUCCUGUCGCUCUCAGAGCCGAAGCAGAUUAUCGACAUCAUAAAGCAACCAAAGAAGGCACUGAACGGACGCUCUCGGCUCAGGACAGAUUCCGGAUGCAACGCAGAACCGCCCUGUUGGAAAGGUUCGCGCACCCUUCAAUGCUUUCAGAAGAGACGGAAAACGACAUAGCAGCUGGGGGCAGGAACUACGCAGAGCGCCUCAGGUUUGAGACCCCUUCAGAGGAGAAAGUGGGUUGGUUGAGAACGAUAGUUCUACCUGAUCUGGAGUCGCGCUGGCAAAAACUGAAAGAGGAAAACAAGUCCAUCUUCGGGAACGUAUGGACCUCUUCCUUGGUAUCCCCCAGAUUAUAUGGGGCGCAUUACGAUGCCGUCGCCGAAUACGUCUUAGCAAAAGAGGGGUUGAUAACCACCAUCGCGAAUAGUUUAUCCCGAUUCAAGCAAUUACACACUUUCAACUUCCUUGAACCCGAUAUCGAUGCCUGGAGCCGUUACGAAACGCUGUUCAAGGAAGUUGGUGAAGAGCACGGCCGCUCGCAGGGAUGCCGGAGCCCAUACGCCAGGGGCUCAAAGCGAGACGCAAACUCGGAGGCCAUCGCAUACAACGGGAUGAUGAUCGGCCUCGACGUUGCACUUCGAGCUGUACAGCGAGCUGAAAUCCGCCCAACAAGCUUCGCAAUGCCAGUACCUAGUAUCGGAUUCCAAUCUUUCAAGACCACCGUCUCGAAGUACGUUGUGCGCGAGGUUCUUACACACACAAACAAGCUGUGUCUCAACCACCUAUCGUUAAGAUUCCUACGUAUUGCGGAAAGUAUCGACGACAGACCCACCUUUGGAAAUACCUUCGGGUCGUCUCCCCCACCGCUUCACACCGAAAUACUCUUAACGAAUGAUAGCUUCCCCAGCCUACGCGACCUGACUUUAUAUCUUAACCAGGUCAGAUCUGAGAACGAACCGGGUCCAAACAUCCAGGACUGCAAGGCAGCAGAACUUGAAUCCCUAACCAUUCGAUUCGACCCCCGAUUUGAAGCAUCGGCAAAUGGUCUUCUAUGGCACCAAGACUGUUUGAAACACUUCCACCAGAGUCUCAAACACCUGACUGUUGUUAACGCUUUUUGCGGCAACUGGAACAAUUUUCUCCGCGACAUCGCAAAGGCUCAGCUGGAGACAUUGGAUAUUGUGAUUGAGGAUGAUGUUCUCGGGAUGGUUAGGACGAAAGUGCCGUCGUUCGACGACGUGGAGAACGGGAUGGUGUGUGUUCAGGAGCGGUUUAAGAAGGCCGCGGAGAAGGUGGAGGUUAGGCCGGAUUGGGUUUUCGAUCUUGUCAAGCGGGUGUGGAAGAAUCAGGAUGACAUUGUUGAUCGGUUGCUUGAGGAUAGUGAUGAGGAGGGGGCGUUUGAUUGGGAAGAGGAUGAUGAUGACGAUGAGUAG